UAUACCACGCAUAUAUACCAGCCCUCCAAGUUGUUCCCAUCUCCCACCUCACCAGGUGCCCAUCAUGGUCGUGUCCAGUGUCCAGAACUUGAUGCUCAACGAGUAUCCUACUCCGUUCUUCUCUGUCUUGGAGUGUGCACUAUCCACUCUUGCGCUGGGACCUGUCCCCCGCUUCAUUCCUCUCGUAUUACUUAUAUCAGUGCUGCGUAUUCAUGGACAAAGGAUUGCCUACCGCCAUACGAGGGGUAGGGAAUUGUUUUGCUCAUGGAUAGGUAUAACUAUCGGGUCCACGGUCGCUCAUCGCCAUGCAACAUCAGCUGCUCUGUCCAGUCCGGCCCAGUCUUUUUCCGCUAUCGUCAUCCUGUCGUCGAUCACAUAUCUCUUUGCGGUUGCAGCCAUCUAUCUAGACAUUCACGUCAAGAGACAGUGGCGAUCUGCUUCUUUUUGGAGCCAGAUUACUCUGUUUCCUUUCUUAUGGGCUAUCACUUGGAGUGUCAUCUCCCAUGUCUCACCGGUCGGCCGCCUGCUCAAUUGGAGUCCUGCUUCUGCCUCUCAUUCGUAUAAUUGGGUCACACCUUUCAUGGGGCCAACUGCCAUAGAUUGGCUCGUCGCAGCAUGGGCAAGUCUCCUCUCAGAGAUGUUUGCACUGUGGCUCAUGGGUUUCGAAAACUACGAGCCACUCGACACAUCAAAGAGUUCGUAUAGGGGUUCCGCUUUCUUUAGCCUCGGAACGCUACUCCUCGCCCUCAUGCUUCCAUCAUUUGCACACGACAACCUACCCCUUCGUACUGAUGUAUAUAUGCAAGCAACGUCCCUGAAAGUUGGAUGCGUGUUGCCGCAUCCGCUGGAUCACGGUCAUCCAUCGCUGGAUGAUUUCGUCAAGGAAACAGCGAAAAUGACGGGUGCCAAAUUUCUUCUAUGGCCCGAGAGCGCAGUUAUCUUCAAUUCUGAAAAGGAACGUGAAUCGGCCUUUGAGAGAGUGCGCAAGCAAUCAAAUGGAGCCUAUGUUGGAGUUGCUUUUGAGCAGUAUGUUGCAGAUGACACAGUUCCUUCCUCGGGUUCUCGCACGAUGAAUGGGCUUGCCAUAAUCCACCACAAGCAAAGUCCGGGAGAAGAGGUGGUUCAGUAUUAUAAGCAGAGGCUAGUGCCUCUGACCGAAUCAUUUUCCAAGAUACCUUCAGUCGAUCCCCCGAGAAUACAUCACUUGGAAUUGUCGCAUCCCAAAGGCGUGACAGCCCCCGAAUGGGCACCAGCGCCCAACUUCACGCGAUCGGUCCCAUUCACAACCUCAAUUUGUUUAGACCUUGCAUCCCCGACAGCAUUCACAAGUUUGGAAUCUCGCCCGGCCCUCAUACUCGCCCCCGCACGCACUUGGGAGACCACAGUGAGCCUUGCCAUGUGGGAGCAAGCAAAGAUGCGUGCGGCAGAACAAGGAAGUAUGGUUUUAUGGUGUGAUGGUGGAACUACUGGUGUUAGUGGUGUCGGAGGCCAGGGAAUCGAGGAGAUCAUGCAAGUCGGCGCGGGCUCGUGGGAGAGGACUAUUGGAACUCCUUGGCCAUUCAAUGAGAGGCGAACCAUCUAUGCAAGUGUGGGAGAGUUUUUUGUUCUUGUAGUCUUGGCUGCUGCGAUGGGUAGCAACGUUGCUGCUCGCUAUCUGGUCACCAACGUUGGCAAGCGCGCGACUGUGGUGCUAACCAGCGGCACGUUCCUAUUUGACAAGAUCCCAUUGCUCCGACGAGCACUAACUACGUCCGGCGUGGAUGGACAUCAUGCGGAUGAAAAUACAGAGCGUCAAUGUCUAUUGGGAUAGGCUGCAUCAGAGGCACAGGGAAUGACGAAAUCGCGGUCACGACCAGCCAGUGACAGGUUUAAACCAUUUAAUAUUCGCUUCCUGAUGGAACUGUGACAUCUCUUGGUGUAUGUUAGCAACUUGCUGUUGUGUCCGC